ACUUCAUUUUAAGAACCGCCUCUGUUUGCCAUCGUCUCUUCUAAAUUCGCCCCGUUUUUCAUUUUAAUUCAAUUGAAAGUCAAAUCAAAUUCUCGAAACUCAAACCCCAGAUCUUCAGAGGAAGCAAAGAAUGACGACAAUCAGUCUGCGCAAGGGCAACACACGUCUCCCACCGGAAGUGAAUCGCGUUCUCUACGUUCGGAACCUCCCCUUUAACAUCUCCUCCGAAGAGAUGUACGAUAUCUUCGGCAAAUAUGGCGCCAUACGCCAGAUACGUAUCGGCACGAACAAGGACACACGUGGCACCGCCUUCGUCGUCUAUGAAGACAUCUAUGACGCCAAAACCGCCGUCGACCACUUGUCAGGCUUCAACGUCGCCAACAGGUACUUGAUUGUUCUGUAUUAUCAACAGGCUAAGAUGAGCAAGAAGUUCGAUCAGAAGAAGAAGGAGGACGAGAUUGCUAAGAUGCAGGAGAAGUACGGAGUUUCUACCAAAGAUAAGUGACGGGGAUUGGUUUUUUUCUUUACUUUUUCUUAAAUUAGGUCAUGAGCCUCAAUACAUUUAUGGAUAUUAUUGUAUGAGAACUAUAGAUGAUUAUAUGAUUAACUAUAUGGUUAGAUUUUGUGAA